AUGCGGUGGAAGGUGCCCCUGCUUGUGGGGCUCAUCAUGCUGGGAACCCAUGUCUGCAGCUGCAAAUUUGUAGACAUCGAUAAGAACUUGAAGGAUUUUGCCAGUGCUGUGGAGUAUGCUGUGUUUCAGUUCAAUGAGGACCAGGAAGAUGAGUUUGCCUACAAGUUUCUACAGGUCCACCGGAGCCAGCGCAAGAGACUGACGUGGAUAUAUUUAAUGGACUUGGAGAUGGGGCGUACAGUUUGUAAGAAACAUGAUGAAGACAUUGACAAUUGCCCAUUGCAAGAAGGCACAGAAGAGAAAAUGUUCAGCCUCCUGAACAGCACCUGUGUGUAG